GUGUUGUGUACAGAGAAUUGUAAAUAUCGUUGAUUCAAUGUUACGCUCGCGUUCAACGAGUGAACUCGACCGGAAAAGUAGCUCUGGACCAAUCUACGAAAAAGAUGAAUCUUAAUUCAUCUUCGCCAGGAUCAUCAUUCGCCGCCAGAAUAAAGCGUGAGCCUAGUUGCUCGAAUGAUGACACAUCUAAAAAUUCUCAAGAAAGCACCAAUGAUGACAAUCUUGGGCGACGGUCUGAUGAUAGACAUGAAGCAACGCAGAAUCUUUUUAAUGAAGAUGGCAAUGAAUUUAUCAUAGAAUUCGAGUGCAAAACUGAAUUUGUUGGAAACGAUCUUAUAAAAAAAGAACCUCCAGUUGCAAUGCAAAAAGAAUCUUCUAAAAAUCGAAACAGGAAGUCAAUGAUUGAUCGUGAGCGACGGUCUAAAAAUAAACUUGUAACGACCCAGAAUCUUUUUGACAAAGAAGUUAGCAUAAAUUUUGCGUGCAAAACAGAAACAGAAUCCAAUCCGAAUCAUAUACUAACUAAAAAAGUUCGUGAUCGACCUAAUCAUUCCUUAAGAAAAGGCCAAAUAGAGAUAAAUGUUGGAACUCGAAAUGGAAAGUCAAACACGAAUUUUGAUGAUGUGCUUAACAAAAUAAAUAAGAAAAUAAAAAAUCCCAAAAGAAAAUCCGUCGAUGUUCGCAUGACGCAAGUGGCGAAAAAGAGCCUGAAGCCAAAUACCAAGAAAGCAGUUAAAAAACGUAAUAAUUAUUCGUGUAAUUCGUGUGAAAAAACAUUUACAACCAACGAGGGUCUUAAAGCACAUGUAAAUUCGAAACAUAAAGGGGUGACUUACGUGUGUUUUGUAUGCGGAAAGGGGAUCACAUCACAUUACCAUCUCGAAGCUCACAAACAAUCGGUGAACGUUGGCAAGCGCACGCGUGCAUGCGAUUCCUGCGAUAAGAAGUUUGCAACCAGGACUUAUCCCAUGAGACAUGUUCGUUCUGUGCACAAUGGUGUCGAACAUGCAUGCAAUGUGUGCGGGAAGAAGUAUAAAUUUAAGAAAAACCUCAAAUUACACAUCGACUCGAUGCAUCGAAAAAACGAACACGUGUGUGAUAUUUGCGGGAAAAAAUUUUUACAGAAACACAGUCUCAAAAUCCACGUCAAUGCGGUGCACAAACGUGUCAGACAUGCAUGCGAUGUGUGCGGUAAAAAAUAUAAAUAUAAGGGCUCCCUCAAAGUUCAUAAAGAUUUUGAGCACAAAAAAAUCGCACGUGUGUGUGAUUUUUGCAAGAAGGAAUUUUCACAAAAAAGCCUGCUCAUAAACCACAUCAAUGCCGAGCACAAUGGUGUCAAACAUGCAUGCAGUGAGUGCGGAAAGAAGUAUAAAUUUAAGAGUAACCUUAAAAUCCAUAUAGAUUCGAUGCACAGAAAAAUCGAACACGCGUGUGAUAUUUGCGGGAAGAAGUACACAUCAAAGAGUAUGCUCGGACAUCAUAAAGAUUCGAAGCACAGAAAAUUCACAUACACGUGCGAUAUUUGCGGGAAGGAAUUUAAGUGGAAGACUUCUAUUAUUAAGCAUAUCAAAGCGGCGCAUGCGGGUAUCACACGUAAUUCACAAAAGCAGACAUCAAAAUGCAAGGGUAAGCUCAAAGUCCACAAGGACUCGUCGGUGCAUGAUGGUGUCACCCAGAGCUCAUGUGGUAUUUGCGGAAAGACAUUCGCACGCAAGGCACAGCUCCGAAUUCACAUUAAGGCGGCACACAAUUGUGUCAAGCCUGCGCCAAAAAUUCGCAAAUCUAAUCGCAAGAAGUCCAACGAUGCUGCGCGCAAUGGUAUCCCGGAUAAACGCGAUUUACGCGCGAAGCAAUUCACAUCGAGGGACACUCGUAAGAAUCGUAUCGAUGCGAUUCGCAAGGCAGUUGGCCAUUCGUGUGACGUAUGCGGAAAAAAGUUUGGACAGCAGAGUAGCCUCAGAAUCCACCUUGACUCUGUGCACAACAAUGUCAGGCCGUGUGACAUUUGCGGGGAGAAAUUCAGGUGGAAGGCUACUCUCAAGAGGCAUAUCAAAACGAUGCACAAAGGUCAUACAUGCGGUACAUGCGGAAAAACGUUUAAACUGAGGAUUCAGCGCUUGAUUCACAAUCGUAACGAACAUGAUACUACAGCUAGAAAGUCAUUUUUGAGUAAGUCCAAUCCGAAAUCCCACGUCGAUACGGCGAUUACCGGUGUCGUCGCCCACUCGUGUGAUGUAUGCGGCAAGAAAUUCGCAGGAGAAAAAUCCGUUAAAAUUCACGCCGGUCGCAUGCAUAAAGGAAUUAAAUCUCAGAAAAAAAACAUUCAAUAAACGAAGAGAGCUACUUUGGUCCGGCGAGUUGUGAUUUCAUUUCUCGUACUCGUGUACGGCAGGUUACGUAAAAUUACGUAAAUUAUAAAUUCCUAGAACUUGAAUUAAGAUUUUUCAAGUAAAAAAAUGUAAAGUUUUUACAAAAAUUGUGUAUAAUCAAUCAUAUACAAUUAUCGCGGUAUAAAAACUUUAUAAAAUCUUUAGUAGAAAAUCAAAGAUUUCGUUUUUUAUAAAAA